AUGAUUGACCAAUAAAAAUCGUUUUUUUUUAACUUCCUCCUCGUUUUCUCCCCCCUCUUCUCGCAGUCGCCACUUGGACUGGGAAUUGAGAUCGCAGCAUGAUCAAAGAAGAAGAAGGUACUCUCGUCAGCGAUUUGAUCGGUUUCCUCAUAAAAGAUUUGCAUUCUCCUCUUUCUCCUUGUCCUAAUCUGUUCCUCUCUCGUCUUCGCCUCUUCUGCUUCUGGUAAUCUCGUGCAAGAAAUCUCCACCGUGCUCAAACCCUAGCCUGGAUAUCCCUCGAUCCGCUCUUUUCCUAGGUUUGUCCUAGUCGAUCUUCGUUUAGUUGAGGCCGAGGUCGUACCAUGGGGUUAGUGACUUCCUGAACAACAAGUUUCAUUUGAGAGCUCAAUUUGGCUAUCGUCAAGGUUCACUUCUUGCUGCUGUUCAUCUUUCGAUGGCUCCUGCCCUAUUUGUCAUCGCUUCAUUUCCAUGCACAAUUGGAGCCAUAGCGCUCGCGGUGCUGCACAUAUACAGACACCUCUUGAAUUAUACCAAGCCUGUUUACCAACGGUACAUAGUGCGCAUCAUCUUCAUGGUACCGAUCUAUGCUCUGAUGUCAUUCUUGUCUCUAGUCCUUCCUGAUAAUUCCAUUUACUUCAAUUCUAUUCGAGAAGUAUGUUACAGAUAUGAAGCUUGGGUCAUAUAUAACUUCCUGUCACUCUGUUUAGCAUGGGUGGGAGGUCCUGGUGCAGUCGUUUCAAGUUUAAGUGGUCAAUCUUUAAAGCCAUCAUGGUGCCUCAUGACAUGUUGUUUCCAUGCUAUUCCUCUCGAUGGCCGUUUUAUAAGAAGGUGCAAGCAAGGUGGUUUGCAGUUUGUGAUCUUGAAGCCUAUUCUAGUUGUAAUUACAUUCAUGCUCUAUGCAAAAGGAAAAUACGAAGAUGGAAACUUCAGUGUGUAUCAGUCUUACCUUUACAUUACAAUAAUCUACACUGUAUCAUACUCUAUGGCACUGUAUGCCCUAGCGUUGUUCUAUGUCGCAUGUAGAGAUCUGCUGUGGCGUUUCAAUCCAGUUCCAAAGUUCAUCAUAAUCAAGUCUGUCGUUUUCCUCACUUACUGGCAGGGUGUCUUGGUGUUUCUAGCGGCGAAGUCUGGGUUCAUAAAGAGUGCUGAAGAAGCUGCAGAUCUUCAGAACUUUGUGUUAUGUGUCGAGAUGCUUGCAGCCGCUGUUGGUCACUUCUAUGCAUUUCCUUGCAAAGAAUAUGCAGGUGCUGACGUUGGUGUUUCUGGUGAUUUCAGGGCGAACCUUUUUCAUGCCCUCAAGUUCAACGACUUCUAUCAUGACACAGUUCACCAGUUUGCCCCUACGUAUCAUGAGUAUGUCCUGUAUAAUCACACCGAGGGCGAUGAAGAACCAAAGAAAUUUCAAUCGCAUACAUCUGUCCCGACAGGGCCAGAUAUGGAUGUCUCCAAAAAGAACAAACAAAUUUACCCAGAGAAGUUGGAGGUUAUUGAGUUGUCAGCUAGCCCUGCAAUAUCAAGUUCAUUGCAAGAUCGAAUCGACUUGGAAGCAAUCAAAUUCUCAUUGCACAAAGAAAAUGCUGCUUCUCCUGUGCAUCCCUAUGAUCUUUCAGUCUUACUUGAUACCGGGUCGUCGGAUUGCCCUGCCAAUGUUCCCGCAGCCAGUAACCCAAAUCAUCAGUGAUUCGUAGAACAUGUGAAAGCUGAAACUUAUCAAAUUGAAAGUUCUGGAGUGAGCUUUCAAAGAUGGAGCAGGCAUUGUUUUACUCCUCGAGUGAUUCCAUACUUGUAAUGGUGCUUGAGAUUACUUUGCAAUCGACCCUAGUUAGGGUUGCGAACGCCAAACUGACUACAGCUUCCAUACGUUUCUCUUAUUCUUUUCGCCCCGAAAGUUUUUCCAUGAUCUAUAGAAUUUUAUUUUGAUGGAAAUUAGAUGAUUAAUGAAGUGAGAUGACAUUAUAAUCUUUCCUUA